GUCAACACUGUUCUGACACUUGCUGUAUUGUCAAGCAUGGAUUGACAAAUAUCACAGCGAAUCAUUGUUUUUGCCUUACACUAUAUAAUAAAAGCAAAGUUAUAAAACAUUUACUUUGUUAUUGAUUCCAUACAACGAUGUUUUCGCAUAUUCGGCUUUGCAUAUAGCUAGCUUGAGCUUUGUAUUGUAGUUGCAUUCUACAGAAUGUCGUAUUCUGUGUAGGUUUGACUACAAAUAUUAUGGCUUGAAGUAAUCUCGUUUCAAGUUCUUUACUAAAUAUAGUAACAAUGCAGGACCUAACAAGUAUAUUGAACAUAAUAUUCAUAAUUAGUGGUGGGGUGUUGACUUUCGUAAUUCUGUUCAUAUUUGCUAAGAGACAAAUUACAAGGUUUGCCCUUCGGUCUCGAAGAGGGCCACACGUUCCCAUCGGUACGGAUGCGAAAAAAUGCCUCAAGAAAGAGAUAGAGCGUCGCAUAGAGGCUGUUCCUCGGAUCAUGCACGAGCCACGGCUGCUGAGCAUGGAGCCAUCACACUAUAUCUUGGAGCCCCAGCAGCCAUACCACUAUCGGUUCCGAGCCGUGGAUGAUGUUAAGACUUUAGAGGAAGAAAUAGCCCGUCAAGACCCUGGUCUCCGGCGUCACCCACGCGAGUCACUGCGGGCUUUCCUUCUCUCGUCUCUCGCCGCGCCCCUGGACGGCAGGGGUCAGAAGCUAGUGCAUCAAUUCUGUGACACCUACGAGUUCGCCAGACACCAUCCCGGCGAGUUUGGGGAAGACGAAUACACAGCAUACAGCAGAUUGCUGCUUAAGCUGUUGGAUGCCGCGCGGCUGCUGGCCAGCGUGGGCACGUGCGUGGUCCCGGCGGGGCGCGGGUCCCCGGUGCGGCGCGCGCGCCUGCUGGACGCGGCCCGCCUGCGCCCCGCGCUGCCCGCGCUGCCGCGCCACAACAAGCUGCCCGCCGCGCUGCACAAGCACUACACCGCGCUCGAGAAUAUGCCGAUAGACUCAAAAUUAGAAGACGAAGUGAUCCGCAUUCCCGUGAAGAGCCCUACGGAGCCCCUAGUGAAGGCGCCGGCGGACGAGACGGCCGUGUGAGCGCGGCUGCAGACAGACACCCCGCGCAGACGCUCUAGCGGGGUGAACGUUGCAUAAGCAGUCUGGUGAUUAGUGAGGCGGUGAUCAGUGAAGUGAGCGUUUGUAGUCUAGUGACUGUGUGAGUACAUGAGGGCAUUCAGUGCUGAACUAAGUUAGUUAAUGAUGGUUAGUAGAAUGAGUUAAAUAUAGGAACAGAAAGUUGACUGGUGAUUAUCAAUUUUACUUAAUAGUAAAUGCUAAUGGUUAUAAGUAGAGUGGUGAUUAUUGAAACUGGUAUAGUGAAUUAUGUAUUGGAAAUAAGUAUAAAUAUCUAAAGCCAAAGCAAGUAGUACUGUAUGAAAUGUUUAUUAGUAUGAUGGUGAUUAUUGAAGUUGAUAUCUUCAUAAAGCAAUGAUCAAGUCAUGUAUGUAUUGACUAAUAAGGAUUUGUAUGUGUUCACACAUGUGUAAUCUAUUCAAUUUAAAUACAAAUAAAUCCUCUUUACAAUAAAUUCAUUUGAUAAUGAAGUCUGAAGGAGUUUAGCUC